AUGCCUGACGGCAAUUCCCAGGCGAUCCUCGGGGGCUCUCUCCCAGGAUCGCUGGUGUCGCCGUCGUCAAGUCCAGAGUCUGUAUUCCAAUCCGCGCGGUCGCAACCCUUUUGCGGUGAUGCAGAGGGCUGGGGCCCGUUAAGCAAAUUGAGAUUUGAUUUAACGCCGUGUUUCUUGGACCUUGGAGUGGCCAUCGUCGCAGCAUGGGGUUUGCUUAUGGGAGCAGGUGCCCUUUGGUUCCUGUUCAAAAAGCGAAUCGCUGAGCCUGUGCCUAAAGACUGGCACUUCUACAGCAAACUGACGGUGCUGUCCGCUUUAAUGUUCACGACUGCCCUUCAAGCUGCGAUACAUGUCGAGACCGAUCCAACCAACUGGCUUGCCGACUUCCGAUUUUGGAGCUCGAUCCUUGUGCUCGCCUCACUCGGUGUUAUAUUUGCGGUACAAUACUACGAGCAUUGGCGCAGCAGGCAACCAAAUGGGGUUGUUCUGUUUUAUUGGCUUUUCUUUAUCAUCGCUUAUGGAAUCAAACUGCGGUCGCUGGUGUCACAACAUACAUACGAGGACAGACUUCCGUACUUUGUCUGUUUCAACGUGAGCUUGGGGCUCGCGGUGUUAGAGUUUGGGCUCGAGUACCUGGUUCCAAAGAAGCAAAGUGCGUACAAUGCUCUGGGCGAUGAAGAUGAAUGCCCGUACGAGUAUGCCGAUAUAUUCUCCGUCCUUACCUUCAGCUGGAUGACACCAAUGAUGAAGUUUGGAUACAAGAACUUCUUGACCCAGGAUGAUCUGUGGAACCUUAGACGUCGUGAUACAACCCGCGUAACAGGGGAAUAUCUGGAGGAAGAGUGGAACCAAGAACUCCAAAAUCAGAAACCAUCUUUGUGGAUGGCAUUAUUCAGAGCAUAUGGUGCCUCUUAUAUGCGCGGUGCAGUUAUUAAGUGCGGGAGUGAUAUCCUUGCCUUUGUCCAGCCACAGCUCUUGCGAAUUUUGAUUAAUUUUGUGGAUUCAUACCGCACCGAUGAGCCCCAGCCAGUUAUCCUUGGUGUUGCCAUUGCCCUCGCUAUGUUCCUGGUGUCAGUGUCGCAGACCAUGUGUCUCCACCAGUAUUUCCAGAGGGCUUUUGACUGUGGUAUGCGCGUCAAGUCAGGAUUGACCGCCAUGAUAUAUGCCAAGUCUUUACGACUUUCCAACGAGGGCCGGGCGUCGAAAACUACUGGCGAUAUCGUGAAUCAUAUGGCUGUCGACCAGCAACGCUUAUCUGACCUGACACAGUUCGGCAUCCAGCUUUGGUCCGCGCCAUUUCAAAUCACUCUUUGCAUGAUCUCACUUUAUCAACUUGUCGGCGUGAGCAUGUUUGCUGGUAUUGCUAUGAUGAUACUCAUGAUUCCGCUGAAUGGUGUGAUUGCUCGUAUGAUGAAGGGGCUCCAGCUUAAACAAAUGAAGAACAAGGAUGCCAGGUCUAGAUUAAUGACUGAGAUCUUGAACAGUAUCAAGAGCAUCAAGCUCUACGCUUGGAACACUGCUUUCAUGAACAAACUUAGCCACAUCCGUAACGAUUUGGAACUGAAUACCCUCCGGAAAAUAGGAGCUACGCAAUCGAUUGCGAAUUUUACGUGGCAAUCAACUCCCUUUCUAGUAUCAUGCUCGACAUUUACUGUUUUCGCCCUGACCGACAGCCGGCCUCUGACUACUGGAGUUGUCUUUCCGGCAUUGACACUGUUCAAUCUUCUCACCUUCCCCCUCUCAAUUCUACCCAUGGUAAUCACGUCCGUCAUUGAAGCUUCCGUGGCUGUCAAUCGUCUGACGGAUUAUCUCACAGCAGAGGAACUGCAAACGAACGCUGUGAAAUACGAAGAUGCGGUUUCUCAUGUUGGGGACGAGUCAAUCCGUAUCAGGGAAGCCUCCUUUACUUGGGACAGACAUAAUGGUACUCAUGUGAUAGAAGACAUCGAUUUCAGUGCACGUAAAGGGGAGUUGAGCUGCAUUGUUGGUCGUGUCGGUGCUGGUAAGUCGUCCCUUCUCCAGGCACUGCUAGGAGACCUGUGGAGGACCGAUGGAGAAGUAGUGGUUCGAGGUCGCAUAGCCUAUGUUGCGCAGGCUGCUUGGGUGAUGAAUGCCAGUGUGCGUGAGAACAUUGUCUUCGGGCAUAAGUGGGAUCCUGAGUUUUAUGAGCUCACUGUGGAAGCAUGCGCUCUCCUGGACGACUUUAAAACCCUACCAGACGGCGACCAAACUGAAGUUGGAGAGAGGGGAAUAUCACUAUCUGGAGGACAGAAGGCCCGGUUGACUCUCGCUAGAGCUGUCUACGCUCGUGCGGAUGUAUACUUGCUUGACGAUGUCUUGUCUGCCGUGGACCAACAUGUUGGCCGACAUCUGAUCAAUAAGGUUCUUGGACGGAACGGCAUUCUCAGCAGUAAAACCAGGAUUCUCGCAACGAAUGCUAUCCCAGUGUUAAAGGAGGCGGAUUUCAUCGGCCUUCUGCGGAAUAAGACACUGAUUGAAAAGGGCACAUAUGAACAGUUACUUGCCAUGAAAGGCGAAGUUGCCAAUCUUAUCCGUACCACUAUCAAUGACUCGGAUGACGACGGAUUCAGCAGCGACGACCGUGGUUUGGCUAGUCCUGAAAGUUCGGAAUCUGCUACCAUGACUGAUAACUUGGACUCUGAAGUCUCCGACGCGGAUGAGAGCGAACAGCAAAUCGGCUCACUUCUCCCUAUUCGGUCUGGUACCAAACGGCGGUCGAGUACCGUUACUUUGCGGCGUGCUAGCACUGUGAGCUGGUCAGGGCCGAGGCGCAAGUUAUCUGAUGAAGAGAAUGCAUUGAAAUCAAAGCAAACCCAGGAGACGUCGCAACAGGGCAAAGUCAAGUGGAGCGUUUACGGCGAAUACGCGAAGAAUAGCAACAUUAUCGCCGUUUGCUUCUAUAUGCUAGCGCUCUUGGGAGCUCAAACUGCCCAAGUCGCUGGCAGUUAUUGGCUGAAGUACUGGUCGGAGCAGAGUGAAGUCAACCCACAUCUUAAUGUUGGGAAAUUUAUCGGCAUCUACUUGGUUUUUGGUUUAGGAUCCUCUAUUCUGGUUAUCGUCCAAAACCUUAUCCUCUGGAUAUUCUGUUCAAUUGAAGCAUCGCGGAAGCUUCAUGAGCGCAUGGCAUUCUCGAUCUUCCGCUCUCCCAUGAGCUUUUUUGAAACUACACCAUCUGGGCGAAUUUUGAAUAGAUUCUCGAGUGAUAUCUAUCGUAUUGAUGAGGUUCUUGCGCGCACCUUUAAUAUGCUGUUUGGAAAUUCCGCCAAGGCAAUCUUUACUAUGAUCGUCAUUGCAUCUGGAACUCCCGCUUUCAUUUUGUUUAUUAUCCCCCUGGGUUAUGUAUACUUUAGCUACCAGAAGUACUAUCUGCGCACCUCACGUGAGUUGAAACGCCUGGACAGUGUGACUCGGAGCCCCAUUUAUGCACACUUUCAGGAGUCGCUGGGGGGUGUCUCGACCAUCCGUGCUUACAAGCAAGAAAACCGAUUUGCUCUUGAGAACGAAUGGCGUAUGGAUGCGAACCUUCGGGCCUAUUUUCCGUCCAUCAGUGCCAACAGAUGGUUGGCUGUCCGUCUUGAAUUCAUUGGUUCUAUCAUCAUCUUGGCAUCGGCGGUUCUUUCCAUCAUCUAUGUUGCGACAGGCACCCAGCUUCGGGCGGGGAUGGUUGGAUUGGCCAUGUCGUAUGCUCUCCAGAUUACGCAAUCACUGAACUGGAUUGUCCGGCAAACGGUCGAGGUAGAAACUAAUAUCGUGUCCGUCGAACGGGUUCUAGAGUAUGCAAACCUCCCAAGCGAGGCACCUGAGGUGAUCUUUAAGCACCGUCCCGCAAUUGGCUGGCCGGCGCAAGGCGCGGUAUCGUUCAACAACUACAGCACGCGGUACCGCCCCGGGCUCGACCUCGUGCUCAAGGAUAUCAGCCUAGAUAUCAAAUCUCAUGAAAAGAUUGGCGUCGUGGGUCGCACGGGAGCGGGAAAGAGCUCACUUACCCUCGCACUCUUCCGCAUCAUCGAACCGACCCGUGGCGGCAUUAGUAUUGACGGCUUGAACGUGUCUACAAUUGGUUUAUUUGAUCUGCGAAGCCGUUUAGCCAUCAUUCCCCAGGAUCCUGCAAUGUUUGAGGGCACCGUGCGCGAUAAUCUGGACCCUCGACAUGUGCAUGACGACACAGAACUCUGGAGUGUUCUCGAACAUGCACGACUGAAGGAUCACGUCACACAGAUGGAUGGCCAGCUAGAUGCCCGAAUUCAAGAAGGAGGAUCCAACCUUAGUCAAGGCCAGCGUCAGCUUGUUAAUCUAGCACGAGCACUGUUGACACCAAGUAACAUUCUCGUGCUUGACGAGGCCACGGCUGCUGUGGACGUGGAAACAGAUGCAUUACUGCAACGUACAUUGCGCAGUAGCAUCUUCCAGGACCGCACCAUUAUUACCAUAGCGCAUCGGAUUAACACGAUCAUUGACUCUGACCGAAUCGUCGUGCUGGAUAAGGGUAGGGUGGCUGAGUUCGACACCCCUACGGAGCUGAUCAAGCGUGGCGGUAAAUUCUACGAGCUGGUCAAGGAGGCGGGUUUGUUCGAAGGGGAAGGUCAAAUGGCUUAG